AUGGUCUCACCGAGAUACUUCCACCUGCCUGGCGCCACGCUAUCUAGGGGUCCAGACUCCUUCAUCUUCGAGCCAGCCAACCGCGUGCUGAUUGCGAACAUCAAAAAGAAGAAGAGGGGGGAACGUUUCCAUAAGUCCAAGGUCAUUUUCCGUCCGGCCGACCAGCUGACCAUCUACUUCCUCCACGCACACUUAACCGAUGCUGUGGACACCUGUAGUGUCCCACCAAGCCCAGCUAUGGUCCUUAACGCCUUGGACAACUCGGAGAGCAUCGCACCAGUGCGAGGACAGUUUGUGCGUGCAGGUUUAGCACGCACAGUAGCAGAUCAAUACGCCCAAGGCAUGCCUCCCGCAGGGGGCUAG